AUGGCCGCCAACAUACCGCGUCCAUCUGUCGCCGUCUCUCAGGACAGUCUCGCCGAAAAUGCUAUCAGUAUUUCAGUCUCGGAGGUGCCGCGCAUCACUCAACCUUCCUUUGCGAUGCUGGGAGAUCAUCUUCGACCUCCAAACAUCAGCGCACGCACUGAGAGUAAUUCUAGCACCGCAUACGUUCAAGAAACUCCCAAGAAGCGAUGGCAGUCACUCCGCGAAGCGAAUCUGCAGACGUCACCGAUUGAGGAGGUUGAUGGGGAGCAGCCACCCGAGCCACUCAUAGAUACAGCAGACGCGUCAGCGUGGAGGGAAUGCUCUAAGAUGGUUUAUGCUCAUGACCAAUCGAAAAUCGACAAUUGGAACAAGGAGAUUGACGCACUGUUACUAUUCGCUGGCCUUUUCUCUGCCGUCGUCACCGCAUUCACCGUCCCAUAUUACGCUACGCUGAUGCCCAGUACUGAUCCUACCGCCGCUAUUCUAGCUCAAAUUUCCGCGCAACUAGCCAGCUUUCAAACCAGCACGGGCUUCGUAAAUUCAACAGAACCAGCGUUUUCGUUUCCAGCAACCGAUUCGUCGUCACCCGCCGCUGCAUCUAGCCUUAUCGACAGAGUAAACGCCCUUUGGCUCGCGGCACUCGUCGUCAGCUUGGCUGCGGCCACAAUCGCAAUAUCCCUCAGGCAGUGGCUGAAUCAGCAUGCCAUGCGCGACUGGGCGACUCCACGCCAGAGUGUAUUGGUCUGGUGCAUCCGCCACAAGGGCUUCAACCAAUGGCAUGUCGAAGGCAUCGUGGCGCUUGUGCCAAUCCUGCUGCACUUUGCGCUAAUUCUAUUCCUUGCGGGGCUGGUAGCAUUGCUAUGGUCAUGGAAUCGUACCAUCUUUGGUGUGGUAAUGGCACUAGCGGGACUCACGUUGUUAUUCACGAUAUACACCACGCUCAUGCCGGCGAUAUUUUUGGAGAACUGUCCGUACAAGUCUCCGCAAGCACUAUUGAUGGUUGGGCUCACUACAGUAGUGUCGAGGGUUCUCUUUCCGAUCUUGUGUUUGAUUCCAUAUCUAGGGGGGAAGAUCUUCUCGAGAACGAUCAGUCCCAUCCGCACCACAUGGGCUGCAUACCAACUUGAUUGGAUUCGGCCAUACGAAUUUGUCUCGGACUCCUCGCUGCUGGUUAGCGCAGACAAUGCGAUGAUGGACGAUACCUUCCUCGAUGGAGUCGUUGAUGCAUAUAUCAAGGAGCGGAAUGUAACUGACGCGUCAGAUGCACUCAAAGCGAUCUACGAUAGUCGCAGCCAAAGCGAAGGCUCGUCCGUAAAUCCCACAAUCUUGCGCAAACUUCGGUACAUGGCAGUGCGCCUUGUGGAGGGGUGCCAAUUCGAGGGAUCGCUCCCCGAAUCGCUUGCAUACCUAUUGGAACAGAAUAGGUAUGAUUGCGUACCGGAACUAUUUGAACGAGUCUUGGACGUGUUUCAGAACCGUGCGAGAGACAUGCGGAAGGAGACAAGGACGAGGCUCGUGCGUGUAGUGCUGGACAUCUCAAGAACGUACGUUGCGCACGUGCAGGUCCACUAUUUGCACACCCUACUCUCGUAUAUACCCCUGACGCUGGCGGACCUGGAUGCCCAAACGUUCGUCCGCAUUGUCGUCGAGAUACUGCUACUCAGUCUUUCCGCGACAUCGCUCGACAUUGCCGACCGCGAUUAUGUACGUGACGAGCUGCAGAACAAGCUUCUUGGUCAGCGUCCUAUACUUGAAUACGAAGAUGAUGAAAAGUCAGAAGCACUGGGAGGGUUGUCACCUUCCUUCUCCUCGGGCUUCCCUUUCACCGAUGAGGUAGAAAAAACACCGGCCUCGCGGAGGAGACAUGUACUAGAUGUACUGGAUGGGUGUUUGGAGAUUGCGGAGGACCUUGUUGCGGCGCGUGUAGUGGAUAUUGAGAUCAGGGAGGAGGAGCAGAUGAAAAGGGCAAAGAAUUGGCGGGUGAAAAGGAUAUCAAGCACACCCGGAGCUCACCAUCGCCUCGAGAUCGGUCUUCAAAAGGUAGAAGAAUGCACCUCUUGUCGGUCUGAGCAGGCGCGACAACUGGCAGGCAGUGAGCGAGUUGGGUACAGCAAGUGGAGGGAGAUCAUUGCAAAAAUCAAGAAAAACGAAGAGUACGAGGAUUUGACGAGCGAGCUGGUAGAGCAUGCAGGAGAGCUGUUUCUCCCGGAUACAGACUGGAGGAGGCUGGUGGUCCUGUUGCCGGAUAGAAAAACGAUAAGGGCUGCCGCUCGGAUAGGAUAG